AUGCAGUCCGACACUGAAAAAGAAAAGAAAACCAGAGCAAACAUAAAAUUAGCCACGCUAAAUAUGAAAGGACGAACCUCAUCCAACCUAGAACAGAGCCAAAUAUCUAAAUGGACAGUCGUCAACCAAACAAUGAGAGAUCAAAAAAUCGGCAUACUAUGCCUGCAAGAAACACACCUGACCACUGACCAUCUAAACCAGGUAGAAAACAUAUUCUUGAGACGACUCAAAAUAUUGAGCACCAGUGACCCAAUGAGACCCGGCAGCUCAGCUGGGAUUGCCUUUGUGUUAAACAAGGAGAUCACCAACACAGCUGAUACCCUGAUAAAAAUACUGAUCCCAGGACGAGCGGCGGUCCUGUCAACAAAGUGGCAUAACAAUGAGACCAUCAACAUAUUAAACAUCUACGCACCUAACAACGCAAACGAACACCACGACUUCUGGAAAAAAAUAGAAACAGAAUGGCUAGGGGCAAACCUAGGGCCCCUAGACUUCAUGAUGGGCGACUUCAACCUAACCGAAAACCCCAUUGACCGCGCUCCAGCACAGCUCGACAAUGAAAACGCUAUCAGCGCCCUAAGAGACCUAAGAUCAACACUGAGAGUACAAGAUACAUGGCGAGACGAACACCCUCACCAACGAAUGUUCACCUUCAGCAGCAACCACCACACCCUAUCACGUAUCGACAGAAUAUACGCCUCAGAACGACACACCGAGAGUCUUGUAGAGUGGAACUCAGGCAUCAGCCAAAUCCCCACAGACCACCACAUGGUUUCAGUACGACUCGCACCACCUAACCUCCCACACAUUGGGAAAGGACGAUGGUCAUGGCCGGUAGGCAUCAUAUCAGACAUUGACCUAAAUAAAAAAAUAAUUGAGUCAGACAUUGAAGCCCAACGGAGGAUAGAAGAGAUGGGACCACGCACCGAAACAACCAACCCACAGACAAUAUGGAAAACCUUCAAGGACAACUUGACUAUCCUAGCCAAAGACACCACUAAGACGCACCUAGCUAAGAUUAACCAGCGCAUAAAAACGCUCACCAAAGACCUGCGAAAGAUAACAAACUGCAAGGAAAACACCCUGGAAGACACCAGGAUGAAUAGAAUCAUACUGGAAAAAGAGAUAGAGCACCUACACAAGAAACGAUACAAGGAAUCACACCUGAGAGCCCAGGUGAAAUGGGCGACACAUGGAGAAACCAUAAGUAAAUACUGGUCCAAAAUAAACAGUCAGAAAGCACCAAGAGACGGACCGAACGAUACACGACAAAGUCAGAAGAAAUGGCAGAGAUAG